AUGGCGGCGAAGACGUUUCAGCGGUAUGUCAAGGUCGUUGAUGUGAGCAGCGUUGCUACCGUGACCGGAACGGCGAAGAUUGCGGCGUGGGCCAAGUGGGAUACGAGUAUGCCGGCCGAGAGGGGCCGGCGGUAUCCUCCUUGGGCGGGGGAUAUGCCUUCCGAGGUGUGUGAUUUGUUCUUUGCUAGGGAGGAGGCGGAGAGGGGGCGGGUUAUGGGUGGUGAGGGGCAUUAUUAUCUCGACACGUUGGUCACGCAUCCGGAAUACCAGCGGCGGGGCGCGGCGUCCAUGUUGCUCGCGUGGGGGUGUGCGCUUGCGGAUGAGGAUGGAGUCGCGGCGUAUGUGGAUGCUAGUAAGGCGGGUAAGGGGCUGUAUGAGAGGUUUGGUUUUGUGGAUGAGAGUUUGGAUGGGGACGGGGAUGUUGCGUCCAUGGUGAGGCGGAGGCGAUGA